CUCCAAGCAAACAACAUGCAUGUGUAUAACGGCACUGUAGAUUUUCGCAUUAAAUAAAGAAAGUUGCCGGUCCGGUACAUGAAUAAAUUGGUUAGAAAGCAAGGUAGAUGUAUUUCCUGGUGUACCUCAACACGCAACCGUCGAAGAAAUUAUUGAGUAUUACUUUAAAAAAAUGUAUACUGCUCAUGAAAUUUUAGGAUUUCUUACUUUCUUGCAUGGCAUUGUUAUCAGUAGAAGAACGUUUUACAGAAUAACAAAGAAACUAGGCUUAAAGAGGAAUCGUGCGUCAAAUAGCGGAAUGGACAUUUAUCGGCAGAUGACAUAUUUGCUGAGAGAAGGCUAUUCCAAUCUGGGGUAUAGGUCAUUGUGGAAACUUUUGAACACGCAGUGUGGUAUUCGGGUUACACAAAAAGCGGUCAGACUUAUGCUAGGAGUGUUGGACCCUGAAGGUGUGUCAUUGCGUUCAUCACAUCGAUUGAGGAGGAGGAGAUAUUGCAGUAAAGGUCCGAGUUUCACAACUCAUAUUGACGGGUACGAUAAAUUAAAACCUUUUGGAAUAAGCAUUCAUGGUGCUGUUGAUGGAUUUUCAAGAAAGAUACUUUGGCUCAAAGCGAUGCCUUCCAACAAAAACCCGCGUGUUGUAGCUCGCUUUUAUAUCGACUACAUCAAAGAAUUGAAAGGAGUGCCGCGGGUUGUUCGAUGUGAUGCCGGAACUGAAAAUGUUGUUAUUCGAGACAUUCAUAUUGCACUCCGUUCUUCACAUGGAGAUCAUAUGUCUGGUAGAAAUAGUUUUUCUGUUGGACGAUCAACCGCCAACCAACGGAUAGAAAUGCUUUGGAGUUUUUUGAAAACGUAUUUUACCCAAUUUUGGAGAAAUUUCUUUCAUGAUCUCAUAGACGAUGGAUUGUUUAACAAUGCAAUUCCUAUUCAUCUUGAAUGUAUUAGAUUUUGUUUUUUAGAUAUCAUCCAAACUCGUUUGAAUAUUUUUACAGAUUACUGGAACUCUCACAGAAUCCGUUCACAAAGAAACCUGGAGGGAGUUACUGGAAUUCCAGAUGUUUUGUUCCAUCAACCAUUGCUGUAUGAUGCAAUUGAUUAUUCUUACCCCUUACCGUGUAGCAACAUAAGCAUAGACAGGAUUUCAGAGGUGUAUACGGAAACGGUGCCGAUGAAAGGGUGUUCUGAAGAGUUUCUUAAUUUAGUUGAACUUGCAACCGACACUAACAGAAUUGAAUUCCCAGAAUUUACCACAAUACAAAAUGCUUUGAUUAUGUACCGUUCUUUCAUACACUUGUUAAAUGAAAUAAAUUAAAAUGAGAUAUUCCUGUAUAUCAAGACUGUCAUUAACAAGAUCAAUUAAAAAGUGUUCUAGUGCUUAGAAA